AUGCAUACUACCCCCCAUGCAAAGCCCCGCCCACGCCGGCGCCCGGAAGGUGGCCGUCGAGGUCGCCCGCCCAAGCCCCCGAGCCAACUGGCGAGUAGCCAAUGUGCCUACACUCAUCAUCCCCCUGUCCCAGGGCUCUCUCCACUGGCAAGCCUAGGGGAGGGGGCCCUGCGUGUAGUGCCCCCCGUUCGAAAGCCCCGGCCUGGGUCCCCCGGAAAGGUGGCCCCGCCUGAACCCCCCCCCCCCCCGGGCCCUCGCGCCUCGCGCGGCUCCCCCUCUCCAACUGCCCUCGCCCCGUCGGCCAGAGCGGCCAACUCCCCCGCCGCGCCAACUGGCGCCCUGCGCCCCCCACGCUGGGGCGCGAAGCACCACCGGUGGCGCCCUCGCCCCGGGACCGGGGGACCGGGGCCCGCCUGCAGCGCGUGGUUGCGUGGGCACCGGCGUGCCGGGGUGUCCUACCGCGAGGGUCACCCUGCCAGGGCCCCCACCGUAAGAUCCCCCGCCGCCCCGGCAUUCCUCGCGCAACGCAACGCAACCACUGUCGCGGGCCCUCAAUCCCUCAGCCCCGGGCCGUCGGGCCCUGGUCGCUUCUACACAAACCCACCGACCCCACUUGGGGGGUAA